GCCAUCGGCUCGGUGGAUCUGGAGCGCGCGGGCGACGGCCAGUGCCAGCCCAUCGAGAUCCCCAUGUGCAAGGACAUCGGCUACAACCGCACGCGCAUGCCGAACCUGAUGGGCCACGAGAACCAGCGCGAGGCGGCCAUCCGGCUGCACGAGUUCGCGCCGCUGGUGGAGUACGGCUGCCACGGACACCUGCGCUUUUUCCUGUGCUCGCUGUACGCACCCAUGUGCACCGAGCAGGUCUCCGCGCCCAUCCCCGCUUGUCGCAUCAUGUGCGAGCAAGCCCGGCUCAAGUGUUCGCCCAUCAUGGAGCAGUUCCACUUCAGGUGGCCCGACUCGCUGGACUGCGGCCGGCUGCCCAGCCAGAACGACCCCAACUACCUGUGCAUGGAGGCGCCCAGCAACGGCUCCGACGAGCCCAGCCGCGGCGCCGGCCUCUUCCCGCCUCUCUUCCGGCCGCAGCGGCCCCCUGGCAGCAGCGCGCAGGAGCACCCCGCCCAGGACGGGGCCGCGGGGCGCGCGGGCUGCGACAACCCGGGCAAGUUCCACCACGUGGAGAAGAGCGCGUCCUGCGCACCGCUGUGCACGCCCAGCGUGGACGUGUACUGGAGCCGUGCUGACAAGCGCUUCGCCGUGGUCUGGCUGGCCGUGUGGUCAGUGCUCUGCUUCUUCUCCAGCGCCUUCACCGUUCUCACCUUCCUUAUCGACCCCGCGCGCUUCAGGUACCCAGAGCGCCCCAUCAUCUUCCUGUCCAUGUGCUACUGCGUGUACUCUGUGGGCUACAUCAUCCGCCUCUUUGCGGGGGCAGAGAGCAUCGCCUGCGACAGGGACAGCGGCCAGCUGUAUGUCAUCCAGGAGGGGCUGGAGAGCACAGGCUGCACCCUGGUCUUCCUGGUGCUCUACUACUUCGGCAUGGCCAGCUCGCUCUGGUGGGUGGUCCUCACGCUCACCUGGUUCCUGGCCGCGGGCAAGAAGUGGGGCCAUGAGGCCAUCGAGGCCAACAGCAGCUACUUCCACCUGGCGGCCUGGGCCAUCCCGGCGGUGAAGACCAUCCUCAUCCUGGUCAUGCGCAGGGUGGCGGGCGACGAGCUCACGGGUGUGUGCUACGUGGGCAGCAUGGAUGUGAACGCCCUGACGGGCUUCGUGCUCGUGCCGCUGGUCUGCUACCUGGUCAUCGGCACGUCCUUCAUCCUGUCGGGCUUCGUGGCCCUGUUCCACAUCCGCAGGGUGAUGAAGACGGGCGGGGAGAGCACGGACAAGCUGGAGAAGCUCAUGGUGCGCAUCGGGGUGUUCUCCGUGCUGUACACUGUGCCGGCCACCUGUGUGAUCGCCUGCUAUUUCUACGAGCGCCUCAACAUGGAGCACUGGAAGGUGCUGGCCGCACAGCACAGGUGCCGCGUGGACAACCAGUCCAAGACGCUGGACUGCCUGAUGGCCGCCUCCAUCCCCGCCGUGGAGGUCUUCAUGGUCAAGGUCUCCAUGCUGCUGGUGGUGGGCAUCACCAGUGGGGUGUGGAUCUGGACAUCCAAGACCCUGCAGUCCUGGCGGCAGGUCUGCAGCCGCCGAUUGAAGAGGAAGAGCCGCAGGAAGCCAGCCAGCGUCAUCACCAGCGGGGGGAUUUACAAAAAAGCCCAGCACCCCCAAAAACCUCACCUGGGCAAGUUUGAGCUCCCCGUGCAGCCGCCUGCCUGUGUGUGAGGGGAGAGGACAGGCACGGGGCAGGCGGGAGCCCACGCUGGGGGCUUUGCUUGUUGUUGUUGUUGUUUUUUAAAUAAAAGUUUAAAAAAUAUAUAAAGAAAUAAUAAGUGUUCACCCUGACAUUCAGGAUGCCGCCGCAGUACUCGGAGAGCAGGAAGCGUCCUGGGAAGGUUUUGUUCUGCUUGGUUCUCAUGGCCGGGGUGCCUGGUCCACGGCCUCUUGCAUAGCUCGUCUGGAGUUGGUUCGGAGUUGAGAAGAGCACUUUCCAGCCUCAUCCCCAGUGUGCAUCUGUGUGUGGGGGUGGCCUGGCAAACGAGCACCCAGAGAAGCUCUCCCCUCGGGUAAGCCAGGAGCCUCCCCAGCCCCACCCCCAGGGAGGCUGCUCCAUGUCACAGUGUGUGCAAGGACAAAAGAAGGGUCCCUGGCGAGUCUUCACACUCCAGUGGCGCUGGUCCUGUGAAAUAGACUCCGGCCUUCCCACAAGGCCUCCUCCAAGCCAGGAGGCUCCCCUAAACUGAGCACUCAUGGGUCCGAAAGAAGUGCAAUACAUUUUUUUUGUCUUUCCAUGAAAAUAAAGACAGAAACAAGUAUUUUGCUGUACAUAAAGACAACAAAAGAACUCUGCUAACAAAAGAACUAAGAGGCCCAGCCUCAGAAACCCUUAGCGUUACAUUUUGUGGCUUUUAAUGGAAACCACGCCAGUGUUCUACACAUUUGGACUCAUGUGGAAAGGAGGGGCAGAGGGGAGAAGGCUCAUUCAGACGUACCCACAGGGCUUGUUGACUCUUACUGCUGUUAAACAAAUGAUUUCCACGACUAGAUUAAGAAGCGCUGGGCCAAAAAGACAAACUUGUCCAGCACAGUCUCCUCCCCGGGCCAGGAAGGUGGCUCCUGGCUGUGUGUAUUUGUAAUAUAUGAUAUUUUUCAUGCGCCACUAUUUUAUUAAAAAUAAAAGGUGCCCUUUA